GGAGGAGGGAGGCCGUCCUCCUGUAAACAGUGAGGCUCAGAACACAGAACUCAGCGAGAGGACAGCUUUCUGUCAUAUCUGAACUCUGAAACUACGCGAAAAAGAUGUCAGGCCGGCCUCCUCCGAUGGUCCCCAGAAAGCCCUCCGGUGUUCGAGUCAUGGUUUCUCCUGGAGAGGAGCUCCCACCUGGCGGGCUGCCCGGCUACACACACUCCGUCAAAGGUAACAGUACCAAUGGAGAGGAGGAUCACAGCUCUGUACAGGACGCUGAAAGAGAAGUGGAGAUUCUGAAUCACUGCUUCGACGAUGUGGAGAGAUUCAUGUCACGCCUGCAGCAGACGGCCGAGGCCCAAACCGUUCUGAACCAGAGGAAACAGAAGAAAAGCAAGAAGAGCAAGAAGAAGGUGGAGCAGGACGACGACUUGUUGGCCAUGAAAGCCUGUCCUCCAACAGAGGAGGAGUUUGUGGACAUUUUUCAGAAGUUCAAGUACUCCUUCUGUCUGCUGGACCGCCUCAAGUCCUCCAUCACGCAGCCCGACGCUCCGCAGCUGCUGCACCACAUCUUCCUGCCUCUCAGACUGAUGGUGAAAACCACCGGAGGUCCAGAGUUAGGAGCGUCUGUGAUCAGUCCCGCUUUGACCAGCGGCGCCGUCUCCCUGCUGCAGGAGCACCUGACCGAGGACGAGAAGCAGCUGUGGAGUUCAUUAGGAACCAACUGGACGUCUCGUCGCUCUGACCUGGGUGAACCUGUUCCCCCCUAUUCACCUGUCUUCCUGGACGGGUGGCGGCCUCCGGCGCAUGACUCGGCCGGCCGGCCUUUCGAGGAUCCCGUCGAGUCGCAGCACAAGCAGGACACUGUGAGGGAGAGCAGACAGACACAGAAUCAUCUGGAUGAAACCCAGCAGACAGCAAAAGGCGCUCAGGAAGAUGAAGGGAAUGGACUCCCUCCUGAGGGAGAGAGACUCUACUGCUGCAGCUAUGACUUUGUGGCGAGAAACAGCAGCGAGCUCUCUGUGCUCCAGGGAGAAACACUCGAGGUAAUUGAAUCGUCCAAGCGGUGGUGGAAGUGUCGGAAUCGCUUUGACCAGAUAGGAUUUGUUCCUUUUAAUAUUCUGGAGCCUCUGUCUGCUCUGAAUAACACCGAGAGGAACAGCCCAGUGCAGCGCAGAGAGUCAAAGAAGGUGCCUCUCUCCCCUCGGACAAAGUAUUACUCCUAUGCUCCGACGAGUCCUGUUGCUACGAGUCCCACAGCUAUAAGCCCACCAGUCCGACCUCAGAGUAUGGUGUUACCCCCCACAGCAGUGCAGGGAGAAGACGGCGACCGAAUCCUGAUCAUGAAUGAAGAGCUGAUCCAGCGGCUCGCAGAGAAAAAAGCCUCCAUUCGUCGGCAGCUGACUUCUCGUUCCAGUGACACCUCGACGCCUCUGAACUACCACUCGCCACCUUCGGACGUGGAGGCCUGGCUCACCGCCAAGGGCUUCAGCCAGCCGACGAUCCAGAGCCUGGGCAUCCUGACCGGGGCACAGCUCUUCUCCCUCAACAAGGACGAGCUCCGCACAGUGUCGCCAGAGGAAGGGGCCAGAGUCUACAGCCAGAUCACAGUGCAGAAGGCCCUGCUCGAGGAUGUGCGGAAGUCUUCAGAGCUCGAGGAAGCGAUGGAGAAGCAGAAGCAGAAGAUUAACCUGGAAUCAUAGAGCGACGUGCUGGAAGAAAAGCGAUCAAUGAUCCACUGAGAUGUGACAUCAAGCGUCGUUUCAUAUCAAGGAUGUAUUUAAUCAGUUAGUCAGACUUGCUGCUAAAUCUUUUCUAACAACUUUUGAAUGUGACAAGUACAUUUUCACCUAUUGACUAAAAAAAAAACUCCUCUUGUACAUGAUGUCAGGCAAACUCGACAAGUUUACUGACUUUACUCUCAGUUAUAGUUAUUUUUGUUUUUUAGUUAUUCCUGAUGAACUAACCUGAAGCUUUGCAAUAAACAGAAAAGCAACACAAUAAACACAUUUUUUCUCAA